AUGUCGACUCUCUGUUUCCUGCUGUCGCUCUUUGCUUUUGUCCAGUGUGCUUGCUCUGUCGCUAUUUCAGCAGAUAAGAGAACACGUACAUCGAUUUUUCCGGACCUGUAUGAAGCUUCUGUGCUUGAACUGCAGGUUGGGCUCGAGCAGGGUCAAUUCUCUAGCGUUGAUCUUGUCAAGGCAAGUGUAUACCAGGCUUAUUUCGCGCGCAUCGAAGAAGUGAAUCUGAAAGGACCAGAGCUUCGAGCGGUUCUCGAACUAAACCAGCUAGCUCCGACUCAAGCCGAGGCUCUGGAUCGCGAGAGGAGGCUGAAAGGAGCACGGAGUCCCAGCACUCUUGUGUCCGAAGGAUUAAAUACGACAGCAGGCUCAUUCGCCCUUCUGAAAUCAGUUGUACCCGACGAUGCAGAAGUCGUAAAGAGGCUUCGAGCUGCUGGUGCAAUCAUCUUGGGGGCAGUCUCGCAUCAGGCUGGUCUGCUCGUGGUGGCCAAGCAACGAACGCGUAUUAUCCUGGAGCGGAUCCAAUGUGGUUCAUCAUCGGGCUCUGCAAUUGCAGCUUCCAUAGGCCUUGUAGCUGUUGCAAUUGGAACAGAGACGGAUGGAAGCAUCACAUGUCCAGCUAGCAAUAACAACAUCGUUGGUAUCAAACCAACCGUCGGCUUGACUUCUCGCACUGGAGUUAUCCCCGUUUCCAAGCAUCAAGACACUGUAGGACCACUCGCUCGAUCUGUCGCUGAUGCUGCCGCAGUACUUUCUGUAAUAGCUGGUCCUGACCCUAACGAUAACUUCACUCUCGCACAACCCGUGCCUGCCCCCGACUUUUCACGUGCCCUUGAUGCCAAUGCCCUCCAAGGUGCACGUAUCGGAGUACCACGUCGGGUAUUUUUGAACGACAGCAUCUCAGGAAACGACCCAUUUGUGAAUCAAGCUUUUGAAGAAGCAAUCCGUACGAUAGAAGGCCUUGGAGCGACGGUAGUGGACCCAGCGGAUCUUCCCAGUGCUGACGAAAUUCCAGUAAGUAAGAACGAAUCUCUCGUACUUGCUGUUGACUUCAAGGUGCAAAUAAAUGCCUAUUUCAAUGCGCUUCUCAAAAACCCUACUGGUGUUAGAAAUCUAGCGGACCUGAUUGCAUUUGAUAAUGCAGAUGCCGUUCUAGAGGAACCGGCUGGCUUCAUGGACCAAUCGAUGUUUACAAUAUCAGAGUCUACGAAUGGUUUUAAUGUCACGUAUUUCCAAGCUUCAGCCCAUGACAGAGAGUUGGGCGGAAGUCGCGGGAUCGAUGCUGCGCUCAAGGCAUAUAAUCUUGAUGCUCUCAUCCUUCCUGCACCUGCUUCAGGCUUCACCACCGUCCCACCAGGACCGUUGACCGUCUAUCCCGCGCCAGGGGUACCCAUCGGCUUGGCGUUCAUUGGUACAGCAUUUAGUGAUUUUGAUCUCAUAAGUUAUGCAUAUGCAUACGAACAGAAGACGCGAACGCGUUUGGCUAGGAAGGCAUAUGUCGCUGCUAUUCCGAAAACACAGCUCGAGGAUGUUGUUGGCCAUUGA